AUGGUGCAAAAUUUAAAAGUUAAAGUGAAAAAAAAUAAAAUUGCUGAAAGGAAGAACAAGUCAAAAAAGGCCAAAAAAAAUAAAGAAAAAAUAGUAGUGAAAAGUUUAAGAAAGAAAAGCAAAUUAGUUAAAAUUAAUAAAAUUGAAGAAAUGGCGAAAAAAAUAUGUUCAGCAACUAAUAAUAAUUUAAAAUUUAUAAACGGAAAAGCUGAUAAAUAA